AUGGUAAAAAUUAUCAACAGUGGCUUAAAGGAAGAUACUUUUAAUGACAGCAUAAAUCCUUGCGAAGAUUUUUAUGCUUUUUCUUGUUCCAUAUGGCAAACAAAAGAGUCCGUCACAUCGUUGGAAUCUAAAAGUGAUCAAAUUACGCAAAUUAGUAAUAACAUGCUUCAUAAUUAUUUAAUGGCAAACGAUUCAUAUCGGCUUAAUUCCAGUUUUAAACAAAAUGCUGCCAGAUAUCAUCAGUCAUGCAUGAAAAGAUUUGUGUUACCGAACAAGAUCUUUACAUCAAAUUACAACUACGUUUACAAGAAUAUAUUCGCAGGAGAUAUAUGGGAAAAUGUUUCACAAUAUUUAAAGGCCAAGAAAUAUGACUCCAUUAGACGAGAUAUGAUCGAUCACAUUAAUUUAAAUGUCAAAGGUUGUCGAGUAAAAUCUGGGAAAACAAUAGCAACUGCAUUAUGUUUCCCUUUCCAAAGACUUUUAUCACAAUUGGGCAUAUCAUCUGCUUUGAUAAAUGUUGGAGUUGUAUCAAUGGAGUCCAAUGAAUUCUAUAUAUCUAUUAAAUCUGGCAUUACUAGUAUUAAUUACGAACAAUAUUCCGACCCAACUAAUUUAGGAUUAUACAAAAAAUACGUGAAUAAAACAUUGAGCCAUUUUCUAAAAUUAAAUCCCGAUGAAAUAGACAUGGUUAUUGAGCUCGAACGGAAUAUAAGUCAAUUUAUAGAAAUCGAUAAAAGAAUGGGUGACAUCCUCGGAGAUAAACUUUUAUACGUAGACGAUUUAAAUCAAAGAUUUCCUUUCAUGGAUUGGUCAGUGUAUUUAGCCAAUAUAUUUUCAUCCUACGGUCUUUCUUCGUUCAAUCCUCAAACCAUAGUUUUAAUAAAAAACAUUGAAUAUUUCGAAAGAUUACAAAAUUUGAUAUCCUCUAAUCGUCGCAAUACCCAUUUUUUCAAAGCAGUCAACGAUUAUUUGAUGUAUUCUGUUCUCCGCGAGUGGAUAUUAUUUUUGCCCCACAAAUAUCAAGCCUUCUAUAACAAAGUUUCCGAUUUUGUCGCCCAUUCGGAAUACAAUAAACCUAUGAGAACCUAUUGUUUUGAUCAAACGGAGAAGUUUUUCCCAAACGCGAUUACAAGUAUGUAUCUAGAAGAAGUAUAUAAUGAGGAAAAGGUGUCCUUAACAGGUAAUAUAUUCAAGGAGAUGGUAAAAACAUUCGUAUCUGAACUAAAAGGUAUAGUAUGGCUAGAUUCAUUCUCCAGAAAAGCUCUAAUCAACAAAGUUGAAAAGAUCAAGUUUACCACAGAUCAACCCAAAACAAUAGUUGAUGAGGACUUUGCAGUUGAAAUUGAUCCUCUUGACUUCAAUAAAAAUAUUUUUACAUUGACACGAUUACACUAUGCACAAAUUCUUAAUAUGACAGUCAAUCAAAAAUAUAAUAGAUAUUAUAAAAGCGAUCUAAUGGCCUAUCAUCAUAACGCAGACUACGAUUCUGGGAAAAACCAAAUUUAUAUUUGCUAUCAGGUCAUUGAUUCUACGAUAAAAUCAGGAAAUAGCAUACCAUUUAUUUAUGGGACAUUAGGCAACUCAUUAGCUCAUGAAAUGUUUCACAGUUUAGAUGCAUUUGGAAUAGAGCACGAUGAAAAUGGUGUAGGAGAAUGGUUAACUCCUACAACUAUGCAACUUAUUAGAGAGAAAAUGAAAUGCAUUGUACACAAAUAUGACUCUUAUUUAUUAAAUGGAAAAUUAAGGAUGAAAGGACAUAUUCAACUUUCAGAAAAUAUAGCUGAUAUUGGCUCAAUAAAAUUAGCGUAUCAAGCUAUGCGUGCUUAUCUAAAAUAUAAAAACGAGACUACCUAUAUAUUCGGAUCUAAAAACAUAACCUCAGAUCAAGUCUUCUUUAUGGCUUAUGCACAAGAAUUCUGUGAACAAAGAUCACCUGACCUUCAAUUAGAUGAAUCUGAUCAUUCUCCCGGCGAAAUUAGGGUAAAUGCUGUUUUGUCAGAAUUCGAGUCUUUUUUGAAAAGCUGGAAUUGCAGUGAACAAUGUCGAACUCAAUAUUCACCUCAUAAAUGUUCCUUGUGGUAGAAAGAGAUCACGUGCUACUAACCAUCUUAUAAUCAAAAUAGAGAUCAUUUUUGCUAUAUUAUAGUUAUGAUUUAAGAUCGGGGUUAAAAAAAUAUAUAUUGGUUCAGUUAGGUUUUUGGGGUUUUAAAUAUUUUGUUUACUGAAGGUUUAGAUUUUUUGUAAAUUUUAAUAAUUUAGACAUAGUACAAUAAACGUUACAAUAAAAAAUGAAACGCCUUAGUCGUUACGUUACCAUUGCUCGUGUAAUAAAAGGAACGCGUAAUGCGUUUACUCGUUAGUUGAAAAAUUAAAUAUUAUAUAUAAUAUAAAUAAAAUUAUACAAAAAUAAUAUAUUAUUAGAUAAGAUAUUUUUAUAAUGAUUUUUUAAUUUUAUGAGAAAAAAA